AUGGACUGCGCAAGAAACGUGACGCUAGUCUAUAGCUAUACCUUGGGAAACGAGUACCCGCCGCCAAUGAUAGAGUACGAGCCGGUACGUUGGGUAGCGUAUUUGAUGUCAGCACUAUUCCCGCUUCUGGCCGUGCGAGUGCUCAUGGUCGCUCGGAGUGCACAGAUACUGUGGUUCAGUGCGGCGGGCUUCGGUUGUGUGCUGGUUUUCAUAGCGCUUGUGUUGCGCGGUGCAAUGGGAAGAUGCAUUCCGGUGUACGAGACACAGACGGUGUUACAUCUUUGUGCGGGAUUUGUGCUUGUCGGCGUGAUGCUCGGAUUCGCGGCCAAAUGGUGAGUUUCAAAAGGCAGCCGCCGCCACUUCCCCAAAAAAUUGCACUUGUGGUGUCUUGCAAGGAAAGCGUGUGCAAUGGAA